CGGGCGCGCGGUGCUCGGUGCGCGCCACCGCCCCUCCGGCCCAGCUCGCCGGCCCGCCCUCCCUACCCUCUCGGCCCGCUCCCGUGGCCCCCCACCCCUGCUCCUCUCCUAGGCCCGGCGGCCCGGCGCGCGGUGCGGCGCGACCAUCGCGGCCUGGCGAGCGGGGCGCGGUGGUCGUGGCGCUCGAGGGUGGCGCGCAAAGGCGCGGGGCGCGAGGCCAGACCUGGCGCGGCGGGGUGUGGGGGGCGGGCGGCGGCGGAGCCCCCAGAGGCGAGCAGGGCCAGGGGGGCACCGAGGCAAGUGAGACACUGGAUCUGAGGGAGCGCCAUGGCAGUGUUUCUGGAGGCCAAGAAUGCCCAUUCGGUCCUGAAACGGUUUCCUCGUGCCAAUGAAUUCCUGGAGGAGCUUCGCCAAGGGACCAUCGAGCGGGAGUGCAUGGAGGAGAUCUGCAGCUACGAGGAGGUCAAGGAGGUGUUUGAGGACAAGGAGAAAACGAUGGAGUUCUGGAAGGGGUACCCGAAUGCAGUCUACUCAGUCCGAGACCCUGCACAGAGCUCAGAUGCCAUGUACGUGGUGGUGCCCCUUCUGGGGGUGGCAUUGCUGAUCGUCAUUGCCUUGUUCAUCAUCUGGAGGUGCCAGCUGCAGAAAGCCACCCGUCAUCACCCGUCGUAUGCUCAGAACCGGUACCUAGCGAGCCGCGCGGGGCACAGCCUCCCCCGGGUCAUGGUGUACCGGGGCACCAUGCACAGCCAGGGGGAGGCCUCUGGGCACCGGGAGACAGGGAGCCACCCGCAGGUGGUGCUGGGCCCCAGUCGGGGGGGCAGAACCACGGUCCGCCUCGAGAGCACCCUCUACCUCCCUGAGCUGUCUCUCUCCAGACUGUCCAGUGCCACCCCUCCCCCGUCCUACGAGGAGGUGACUGCUCCCCAGGAGAGCAGCAGUGAGGAGGCGAGCGUCUCUUACAGUGACCCCCCUCCAAAGUAUGAGGAGAUAGUGGCCGCCAACCCUGGCUCCGACAAGUAGUAGGACUCAUGUCCUGUCCAGUGUGAAAGCCUCGUCCGGGGCCUCCUGUUUUCUUUUUAACUUUUUUAAGACUGUGCCACCACAAAACAGCCUUAGCCUCCUUGUUGCCAAAUAAUUUCCUAUCCACGGAUUUGUAGGAAGUCAGCUGUCAGAGGCAGGUGGAGGGCGUAGGGAUCACGCAUGCACCAACACCCUGGGGAGAGCCGUGGGCCAGAGAGCCUGGCUCUUCCACAAGCCCCCAUGGCCCUGCCAUCCUGUCCUCCUGUCAGGGACUGGCUUCUCUUAUGCCAAAGGAAUCACCCCAUUGAGUUGAUUAUGGCCAGAAUGUCCAUAGGCUCGGGCCCCGGGGCCACACAGCUGGCCGGAGACCUGUUUGUCUGCAGCCUUGCCACAGAGAUGAGGGAGAGAAGCCAGCCCUUCAGCGCCUUUUUCCCUCAUUAGCCCUGUGCUUUCUGUCCUGGCUCACUUUUGAGAAGGACGAGGACAGAAAAAACACAAAAAGACUAAUAACAUAAUGAACACAAUAAAAUGAAAGGAUAUCACCUGGGCCACUCACAGGGGUUCAAGAGAAAUCAGUUGCACAGAUCUGUGACACUCCCCCCACCCCCGUCAAGCCUGACACCUGCCCCGCACUGCUGACCGGGUUCAAAGGCGUAUCUGGAGUCACCUGGAAGGACAACGGGGUAUGUGAAGGAUGAGGGGCAGGGCCUGGCCAGCCAAGCUACCUCCUCCAGAUUGGGGAUGUUGCCAUCUGGAGGGUAGCUCUGGUCCUACUGUGCUUGGCCUCCCCCAGACCCUGGCUCUCCAGGCACACGUACCAGCUGUGCUAAUGCCGCCGCACGCUGGCAUGAACCCUGCCGCAGCCCCAGGAAAACGGAUGCUGCAAACCCUGCCUUUUGAACCCGUGGCCUUUGAGCGGUUGGGGCACAGGCUGUGGCAGGGAGCUGACAUUUUCUCAUUGUGAGGUUGGCCCGUGGGAUGAUGAAACCCACAACCUUGGCUUCCUCAGCCCUGUGCUCUCUGGCUGUGAACUUUUAGGCUACUGCCCAUUUCGUGAGUAGGUGUGUUGAGAUGAACUUGAAUUUCAGGUGGCUGAUGGCUUAUUAAUGAUGGGGCCCAGCUGGGGAGAAGAUCCGAAAGUGUCCCUUUUUAGAAAUGUCUGUGCGGGGGAGAUGGGGAAGCCCGUGACUUGGGGUUGAGGGCCCAUCCGGGAUCUGCUCUGUCAUUGCCAGAUGCCGGUCCUUUGUUAGUAACCCCUUUCUGUGGCCCAGGAGCUGUCCAUCUCUCCAUUUCAGGGAGGCUUCGGACAGCAGUGGGGCAGAAGUGACCUGCCCUUUAACUGUCAGUGACCACGCAAAAGACACUGUCAACACUGCCUCCCCACCCCUCCAUCUUCAUCCUCCUGGCCUCAGCACCAAACCAUUUACCUCUGUGGUGCUUUCAAAAAUGUAGCAAAUUUUUGUGGGGCCCAAAAGAGUGCAUAGCCAGGGUCUAUUGGCAACCACAGCAGUUUAAAACCCACUGAGAAGACAAGCUUCUCUGUCUAAACAGCUCUCCAAGGCAGGCCUCGGGCCUUGUUCUUUGAAUGCGGCCCUGCCUAAAGGCCACCGAUGACUUCUGGAGGCCCCUCCAGUCCUGGGCACUCACCCAGGAACAUGCUUCAAGUGAGGAGGCUUGUGUUCCUACCCCAGAGAGGCCACCAGCUUGGACAACUCAACCCUGUGGCUGGGGUUUUCCAUCCUAACCCCUACCUCACAGGCCUACUGGAAGUUGACUGAGCUAAUGCCUGCGCAGUUGCUUGAGGCCCCAGGAAGCUAGUACAGUUUGCCCUUGGGAAGAUUCUCCUAGAAAUAUGUAGGUUAUAAGGGACCAGUUUUAGCGGAGGCCUUCGUAGGACUCUGAAGUCGUCUCAACCUGGGGAGUCAGUCUCCUGUCAGUUGGAUCGUUCCACCCCCCUCCCCCUCCCCAAAAGCUCCCUGAUGCCAGAGGUGCUGAUCAGGUGACAUUCCACCUUUCCUUCCUUCCUCUUUUCCUCCCUCUGGGCCUCCAGCACUGCACUCCUGCCCUUCCGUACAAAGGCAUUUUGGGCCUAGAAUGCCCCUGCUUUGUACAUGAAGGGUGCUGGGGUCCAUCCUGUUCAGCCAUGUUGGAGGACCUGGGGCAGCCUGAGGCUCCAGGGUCAGUCCCUGCUGUCCCGGCUUUUCUUUGGGGGCCGUGCCUGCGUGUGAACUGGGAGCACAAGAGAGGACACGUAGCCCUCUGUGUCUCCUCCCCACUGGGCAGAGAGCCAGCCACUGAGCAGAGCCAGAGGGAGGAUGCCUGGGAGUGCCUGCUCCCUUUGGCCCCCAUUGAGCCCUUCCCUGCUGAGCUGCUCUGCUCCCAGUUUGCAGCCAGCUGGAGGUGGGAGGGGGUGGGAUGCGGGAGCCCAGCCUGGUGGAGGGCAUCCUGCCACCUGCAGGUGCCAAGUUCUCUGGUUCAGGUGCUUCGCAGCGUUCUUCCCCGUGGGGUUGCCACCGUGGUCUCUGGGACGUUUCUCGCAGUAUAUAGUAGAAAAAAAGCCUGAACAGUACACCAUGGUCAUAACUCCUCGCGGUGCACAUUUGGCUUUUACGAAUGCCCUGUACAUAUCUUUUCAAACUCUGUCUUUGUAUGGAUGUUGAUUUGAUACACUGCUCAACCUGCAGUAGCCACAUUUUCGUUGUUUUCGAACUUUGUGUGUGUGUGUGUGUACACAUGGGCACGUUGCCUUUUCUCAUAUGCUUAUCUGAAACAAUAGCCGGCGUGUGGCUAUAUUUGUACCAGGAGGGUUCCGGUCUGAAGGGAGGAAUGCCACCUCCCGGGGCUGGGCAGCCUGAGGACAGGACCCUGAGUCAGGAAAGCUGAGAUUAGCUGAUGGAGCGAGCCUUCCAGAGUUGCCACCUUCUGCCCUCCUUCACAAAAGGUUUUGGAAGAAGACGAAGCAGCUCCACCCUGCAGGCCUCCCCACUGUGGGACCCCUGCUCACACGCCCUUUUGGAGCGGUGCCCCCAACCUCGGCUCCUGUUCUUUGGGCAUCAGCAGCUGAAAGAAAUCGGAGCACUCCUGGGCCUUUUUGUUUUUUUAUUUUUAUUUUUGGUGGAAAGAUAUGUGACUGUUGACUUUGGGAAUGGUGGGGCUGGUUAUUUAGAUAUUUUUCAUUAAAAAAACAAAAAAGAAAAGGCUUUAAGAAAUUCUUUGGAAUGUGACUGUCACAUGUUUUCAACCAAAAUCUUUGUAAGACUUUUUCAAACAAGCAUCACAGUCUUGUCCCUCUCCUGCUACUCCUCAUCGCCCGGAGGUUUUCAAAACGAAAGCACAAGAGGAAGUGGAGCGCACAGGUGCCUAGCGUGUGCGGCCCUGGCUGAUGGACAUGCAGCCCUGCGCGGUCUGACCCGGAGGCCAGGGGCCUCCUCUUCUACUUGCGAAUCCCACUGCCAUUAUUGUGAAUUCCUUAGGGUGCUUCGGAAAAUAGGAAUCUGUCCAAUUUGUUGGACUUUGUCUUUUUGGUAGCCUGAAGAUGACGGAUCCAGGACAGGAAAGCAUCUUUUUGCUAAGGAGUUGGAGCCAGAUGGUUCCUCUCUGACUGGGGGCUGAUCUUUUCACAACCAAAUGGCAUCCCACAAGAACUAAAAACAACACUGCCUCUAGAUUGUUCCUUUGUCCGAGAGAGAGAGAGAGAAAGAGAGAGAGAUUAUUAAGAGGAACUCCUUACUCACCUACACUCUAUCUUUCUAGGAGUGCGCGUGUGUGUGCUAUGUGUCACGUGUCUGCCCUCACGUUCAAGGCCGAGAUGGAGAGCUGGGCAGCCAAGCUGCUGUCUAGGCUGCUUUUCAGCUUGACAAGGAACGCAGCUCCAUCUCAGGAUGGCACCGAUUCAGAAACAAGCACAUCCUCCCCACUGAACUCUAUUCAUACUAAUCAGUAUAAUUAGCUAAUUUAAAAGUACUGUAAUCAGACUGCCUGCAAGUAUGGUAAAAGCCCAUUAAUUUGAAGCCCACUAAUUCAAAACUUAGAGAAAAAUCACAACGUAAGAUAAUUCAUGGUAUCUGUGAUUCUCACUCCGUAGAAAUAUUCGAAAUAUUCUUCCCCUGAGUCAGUUUUCAGGGUCGUAUGUGUAAGAGGGAUCUGGUUUAAAAUGAGUACCUUUUUCAAAGAAAAGCCUCAAGAUACUAUGGAUCCCUUCAUUGUGCCUUCAGCAGUUCUCAUACGUCAGGCUCUUCGUGUACAGGACGAUCUCUGCUUCUCUCUCUACUGUGGGAAUGUUGGGUAUGCAGCUUUUCAUUCUCCUCCUUUAUCUGCUCUAUGAAUAAAAUUGUUUGUGAACUAAACUGCAGUUUCAAGUAAUAUAACUGUGUAUCUUGCUAAAUAGUCUAAAGCAGAUGUUUUGCUACCAGACCGGCCGCCCCCAUCAUUCUACCCCAAAUAUUCAAAGUAUCAAGCUUUUCCUUUCACAGGCUGUGGGCAGCGAGUCUCUCUCGAGCAAGAAUUUUUCUGACAAAGAUAUCCAAACAGUGCAGCACACCCCCUUGGGCUCAGUGCCUCAACAGUUGUCCCACUGUACUGAGCUAUGUGACCGCUGCCCAGUGCCUGCCCUUCGCCUGCCCCCAGCUCAAGCAUUCACACAGAUAUUCAAGAUUGGGACAAAUCUCACAGCUGCUUCUGCCCCGCAAUCUGUCUCCUCUUACGGAUGCCCCUUUCCCAGGCCUGAACACAGCUGCUCUUUCACUCUGUGAUCGUGAAUUUGUGACAGUGGAAACCCUGAUAUGUGCAACUGAGCUUACAGACAUGAUUACUGUGAAAUGGAUUCAGUUUGGUACCACUUGAAACUGCUCAUAAUUCAUGUGUGGACCCACGUCAGCUGGGAAAUCUGCACAUUCAGUCUUAUGUCAGGAUUUCACCGGAGCCUGGGGGCAACAAACAAAUGUGCGUCUCACUUCUUUCUCUCUCUCUCUUUUUGCGAUUGUUGAGUUUAGCUGUCACGUUUCGUCUCUUUCUG